CACAAAGUAGGAGUCUGCGGGUGACGUCACAAGGUCCGCAUCCCUCUGUUAUGGUGGCCUUGCACGUCUUGCAUAGCGAAAAUGAACGUAAAAACAAUAAAUUAUUAUGAAACCGCACAGUAGAUGUGAUGCCGGGGGAAGACACCAAAAGCUGGAGAUCCUUUUCAUAGCUUACAUGAUUAUUCAAUGAGAAAAUUGAUUUAGCAUCAAAAGCUGAGCAUCAUGGAACUUACUAAUCACUCAGUCACUGAUUCACUUCCUGCUGAAGCAAAUCUGGACAAUGGAUCGCUUUCAUUGUCAGAGCAUCUAUCUUCCUCUGAGGCACUAGUAGAUCCUCUACAUGGAAUAGAGGUUACAGAGGAUACGGCACAAAGCAAUGGUCUCGAGUUGAAACUUAACCUGUAUGUUCCAGCACAUCCAUUAAUAGAACCGAUAUCUCCUGCAGAGGUAACCAUUGAUCAGUGUGUGCUUCCCACAGCAUUUCAAGAGACCGGUCCACAACCUGAAGCCACUGAAGAGAAAACGCAUGAAACUGGUGACCCCACAGUCGUUCCUCCUGAUACGCAAUCGAGUCAGAUUGAGCCGAACUCAGAUACUCUGACAGAAUCAGCACCCAACAAUACGAGUUUAUCAGACUGCGGUCAAGAACGCUUGUCUGUAUGUUCAACAGACUCCAAAGAAACACAAGAAACACAAAAUGAUUGUGUUGCUUCGAAAGAAACCAUUCAAGGCACACUGGAAAUAACAUCUGAUCCUGCUCUCUCCAAAGAGCCAAGAUGUGAAUCAGACUCCUCCACUAAUGUAUCCAGUGUAUGCACACAAGACGGCGUUAGGAAGAACAUCCCUCCAAAGAAAGACAAAUAUGCCCCACUGAAAAUCAAAGUAAUGCCUCUCACCUCAUCUCAGAUCUCCCUACAAUGCCAGGAAUGUCACAUCAUCUUCCAGGACCACAAAAGCAAAGAACGUCACAUCAAAAUAAGCCAUCCUGUAGAGUACGCGCAAUGCAUGCUGGCGGAUGCCCUCUUUGCCUGUUACGUCUGUGAUCAGCAUUUCGCUUGCUCCGCAGAUCUCAAGGCCCAUCAAAGCACACACACAGAGAAAGAAAGAUUCAAGUGCCCGCUCUGCAAUGAGGCCUUCACAAGAUCUUGUGAUCUAACAAGUCAUAAGAAAGUUCACUUUAACAAACAAGGUUAUUCCUGCUCGGAGUGCGGCAAGCUUUGUAAAACCCUUUCGCUGCUCACAUACCACCAGCGAGUGCACACCGGCGAAAAGCCUUAUGUUUGCUUACAGAAUCACUGUGGUAAGAAGUUCACUACACCCAAAUCUCUGAUGAAACACCUAGAAAAGCACAAGGAGGGGGAUAAAGAGGUUACGGCUGACCGGAGAAAUGCCUCGGACGCCACAAAGAAACGGAAGAAUAAAGGCACAAAUGAACGAAAGUUCAAAUGUUCACAGUGUGAUGCAGUCUUCAAGUCGCCUAAAACACAACUUCUUCACAUAAAAAACAAACACUCAGGAGCAAGUCAAAGCAAGACUGUGUCCGUGUUACAAACAAACUCAACAGGACUUAUUAUAACACAGACGACGCCUGGUCAACCACAGACUCUGCCUAUGGAAGGUGGUGUGCCGAUAACACAGCAAAUAGAUGUGCUUGAUGCUGAGCAAAUUAAAAGAUUGAUCGAGAAAUUUGAUAAUGUAAAAAAAGUGAAUCAGUUGGUUAUACUGCCUUUUCAGACACAAGGAUUAAUGAAGCCAUUGCAUUUAGAUUUUACCCAGUCGACAGAUCAGCCAACAGAAUGCAUGCAAACUGACACAGACCCAUCAAAUGAGCAAAAUAAUCAACACGUAUCAUCAGAGAUGGAAGAUUUGCAGCAAAAUGAAACUGUGGUUCUGUCACAGGUGGAAAAUAUUAUUUCGUCAGAAAACUCGAGACUUGAAACUCAACUGGCACCUGCGGAAUUGACUGAGGCACAGACUCAACUUGAUGAAGUUUAUCUUGAUCUCAUACCAGUUCAGACUGAAACUUCGGUUUUAAUGGAUCAAACGUCUUUACAGGUACAAGUGUCACAAAAUGAUGCAGUUUUUGAGCAGGCACAAGCUGCAGAGUUCCAGCACAUUCCAGUUACACAAGACAACGCAGCUUUGGAGACAACAAUUGAAUCACCCCUUAUUCCACUAACUGAAACAGAGAAGUGUCAAAAUGUUGAGGAGGACAAUGCAUCGCUAACAAAAGAUGUAACAAAUGCAUCGCUAACAAAUAAUGUAACAAAUGCAUCGCUAACAAAUGACGUAACAAAUGCAUCGCUAACAAAUAAUGUAACAAAUGCAUCGCAAACAAAUGAAGUAGUAUCAGAGGAGGCUGUUAGCAAUGCAGACAUGCUGUGUUCUGGACAAAUACAAGAUUUUACAGACUUGGACUCACAGGUGCUAUGUGGGCCAACUGACACAACCAAAUUAAGUGAGCCUCAAGAACUUGAACAAAUCCAAGCUCAAAAGGAUCAAGUUGACUCUGAGAAAGAGCCAACCAUUGUGGAACCACAACCUCAGACAAAGCAGCCUUCCCUUAAUAAUUUGCAGAACAGCACUUCAACAGACAUGCAGUCAAAACCAAGAAAAAAGAAAAAAUCCUCAAAACCGAAGGUAAUGACCAAACAAAACAAAACCAAAGUCAAACAAAAUCCAAGUCCGCAAAAAAGUGAGCAGGACAAAGUGGAUGUUUUGGAAAAGCAUGACAGUAAAAAAUGCUUUAAACAAAAAGUGCAAAAAGAUAAAAAAGCAAAGGCGGCUGAAGGUAAAUCGGAGGAAGAAAUUAUAUCGACACAUCAAACAAAUGUUGUUAAAGACAACGUUUCAGUGGUUCCACAAGCAACCAAAACAAAAGCUCAGAAAAGAAAAAUGACUCCAAAUCAGAGCAAUUUAAUAAAGAAGUCGAAGACUGUCCAGAAUCAGAGCAGUUUAAUAAAGAAGUCAAAGACCGUCCAGGAAGCUCAACAAGAUGAAACAUUGAUACCUGUGCAAAAGAAAAAGAAGAAAUGCAAGACACCUCAAGAAGAUUGCCCCAACCCUAACCCGAAGGUUAAAAAACCUAAAAAGAAUGAUUUUCAGAAAAACAAUCUUAAAAUGCCAAAGCAUAAAGUAGCAAAAAAAUGUAGUCCUGAUGCUCCAGACAAAUGCCAAAUUGAGAAACAAGCUUUGCUCUUAUUGAAAGGGCACAAGCAGCCUCAGCUGAAGGUACACAAAUUGGAUGCCACCGAACUAGAAAAAUCCCCCUCGAACAAGUCUGAUGUAAAAGAGCCUUCACUUUUGCAGGAACAGGAAAUAACGCCGAGCAAAUCAAUCAAAGUCACAAAACAAAAGAAAGCCAAAUCAACUAAUAAAAAUAAAUUGUUAGAGGGUCAGGGCAAAAAUUCGCCUAUGGCCAAGCCUUCUGUUGACAAGCCUAAGAUUGCACGGAAACGAAAAGCACCCACUAAAAUAGACCAGGAAAUUGCACUGAGCCCUCCGUAUUCCCGACUUACCCUUGGGUGUCAAGACUGUGGGACGACGUUCUCAGAGGUGUCUGCUUUACAGGAACACAUGGCAUCUUUUCACUCUGCUGAGAAGAUGGCUGUCCAAGAUGAGGCCGUUGGCAUUAGGAAGAAAAGUGACAUGAGAACUAUUGAAAAACAUUAUCAACCUAAUGUCUUUGAAAUCCAGGUAGCGACUGACUGGGAGAUGGGAGAGAUUUUGGGAGACAGGGAGGAGCCAAGACUUUCAUUUCCAGUACUGAGUCCAUCUCCUUCUUUGACACUUCCCUCAAGCUGUGUUGAAGGAAAGGAAAGUGAAGGAGGCAAAGAAGUUGAAGGAACUGUUUCUGGACCUUCAGAGGUCUGCCAGGUGUCAAUCCCAGCCAUAAUCGAAAGUACUGCGCCACAAGAGGUCACAGAAAAUACUGAAAGUAGUGACAUUGACAAAGAACCAAGCAAAGCAGUAGAGCUCAUCACAGAAGUCAAAGAUCCAGUGGAGGAGGAAAUAAAGGAAGAGUUGCCCUUAGAUGUGAAUUUAGUCAUGGUUGGAGAUCAAAAUGAGGAGAUUGGGAUAAACAUUCAUUCUAGUGCCUCCUCCCAAGAACAUGAAACUGAAUUGAGCAAAUCUCAUCCAUGUCCUGAACCUGAACAGAUUGCAAAAAAAGCAGAUGUAGCAUUGACUGAAAAUGUUGUUACUGAACCUGAGGUAAAGCAAGAAGAGGAGGAGACUCUUGUACAUAAAGCUGAUGAUCAAAAAAGAGGGAUGGGAAGAAACUCUGCGGUAAGGGGGAAGAAGGGUGUUGCAAAAGGCCAAGGCAAAAGAUUGGUCGGGAAAAAGACUAGCAAAGCAAACAGAAGUAAAAAGGACACGGAAGCAAAAAAGGAUCUACAGGAUUGCCAAGUUGUCUAUCAGCUCUGUGUACUCAAUGAUACUCCAGAGGUAAAGGACAAAGAAACGGACAUGAAUGGAGAUAAGGCCUCUGAAACUUGUGUACUGUCAUCUGCUGAGGAGAAUCCUGAGGAUCAGGUAGUGUUCGAGUUGGACUCAGUUACCACAAGUGUAACAGAGGUGAUGAAUUCUCAAGAUGGUUCGUUUAUUGAGACAUCUACAGAGCUGAUUAGAGAUGACAGAUCUCCAGGAAUCAUACUGGAAAAAUUCUUGACUGCUCGUGAGAGAAAUGCGGAAAAUCUAAACAGCCAGAAUCAGAGGACACAGGCUAAUUCAGAGUUGGACACCAGUUUGGCGGAUGUGAAAAUAGAAGAACGUUCUUCAAACCAGGUCCCUCACAGUCUCACAUCUGAGAGAAGAGUACAAAUGUUUUUGGUAAAAGCAGAGGAACACUUUGCUCUGAAUGAGCCAGUGAUGUUCCAGGCUAACCAGCCCACUGAUAACCAUCAUGUUUCAUGUCAAGAUGACACCAUUGAUAAGAACAGAGAUGGCAUCUCUUCUGACUCUCAUGUAGUUCCCCUGCAGUCGUACAGCAAACAAUGUAUUUUUUAUCCUGUUAAGGAGGAAGAGAAAGAACAUUUAGUGGAGUCUUCUCAUGCAGAUCAGAAGUGUUUGGAUUCAGAGGGGUUGGAAGGGGCUUCAUCUGCAAUAGAAGAAUGUGAGGAAAUUGCGGUGGAUUCGGUACAAAUGGAAAUGCCCCAACUUUACGCUAACUCUGAAGAGGGUGAUGUUAGCGCUGAACAGCAAAGCACACAGGGCUUUCUGGAGUUCCUUUCCCAGAAUUCAGACUCUGAUGAAUCUCCUGUUGUCCAUUCAGAGCCAGAAGCUGAAACCAUUUUGAUGUCCUGUUACCAUGGUAUACAGAGUAGUGCUACAGGACAUCAAAAUGGAGCUGAGAUAUGUGAUCCUAGUGGCAGACAAAUUGCGAGUCCUUCUCAAACAGCCCACAUAGAAGCAGAGGGACAGCCAAGUCGGAAGCCCAUUAACUACUUCAGCCAGUAUUUUAGUUGGAACACAUGGUCGGAAAUUGCUGUCUUUACCGGAGAAAUGUCAAAAUUGCUGAACCCGGUUACAGAAAAAGAGGUUGCACAGUAUGUAGGAAUCCACAUAGCAAUGGGAACUCUCAAGUUUCCAUGCACCAAGCUCUACUGGGAAGACUUCACCAGAGUCCCUCUUAUCUCUGAUGCCAUGUCGGCUUCAAGAUUCUGGGAGCUCACUCAUACACUGAAGCUCGCCAGAGCUGGUGGACCUUCUGUGGAAAAAAAUAGUGCUCAUCAAUCUCCAGAAAUGAAUGGAGACCCUUCUGAGCCAAUUAAUAAAUCUCAAAAUCAUGCCUCCUCAUGUGACACAUCCAGAAUGUUCUCCCAGUCACAUAAAGAGAUGCACGAUCCUCUGUGGAAAGUAAUGAUGUUGAUUAACCGAGUUCAAGAGGGGUGUCGGGCACUGAAGCGAAAUGGAAGUUUUGGGGUUGACCAGUACCCACUUCCUUUUCAAAGACACCCAACCCAUUCGUUACUUCACACAGUUGUGGUAAAUUGUGAAGGGUUGGUUGUGGACUUUAUCUUGAGUGUCGAUGACUCCAAUAGAGAAACUGUAGUUGAAAAAAUGGUCUCCAGAGGCAAGGACAGAAAUGAAGGGAUGGUGUUUCUUUGCAAGCCAGAGCUGUCCACACCUUCUAUGUUGGAGCAUCUUUUAGAGGUUGGCGUGCAAAGUGCUGGCAAGGUCGGUGGGGCAAGGGGGCAAAUAGGUGACGAGUUUGUGAGCUCGGAUGGUAAACUCAAGCUAUUCAGAUGUCACCAUGGCUUCAUCCUUUCUGCGGUGGUAAAGGAAAAGCCACGCUCAACAUCUCUUGUCAGCGGCUUUGAGCGAGCGAUUAAGGCUGCGAAUCUGAACCGGGACUUGAGAAGUCUUUAUCGUACUCCGAGCACGAAUUCAGCAGUCAGCGCUUGGCCACAGUCGGUUUUUUGGGACUUAAUUGAUCUGGUAUUGGUUAACUCAUGGAUACAGUAUAAACAAGAUUAUAGUCAUAUUGCAGAUUUGCUAUCACUUAUGGCAUUUCGUUUAGAGGUGGCUAAAGCAUUAAUCCUCUCUAGUGGUGUCGAUGCACAAGACUCAUCGCCCCCCUGCCCUCCUGCUCCAAAACAACACGGUCCUGAUACAAGUUCAAGACCUUCUCCAGUUCUUGAGACACCUUUGCCUGAUGUGGAUACUCGCUAUGAUGGCUUCGGACAUUGGCCAGAGCAACUAGCAGAGAGUGAGGAGGCCAAGUGUAGAUUUGGAGGCUGCGGACGAACGUCGCGUGUGCGAUGUCUUAAAUGCUGUGUGUUCCUUUGCAUUUCUCGAAACCACAAUUGCUUUCUUAAGUUUCACAGUCAGGGUGCUUUGUAAGGCCUACAAUCUGUGGACAUGUGGUCGGUUAAAACAAAUUUGUUUAUGACAAUUAAGUUAUCACUUGUUUAAGACUUACUAUGUAGAGCCAACCCUAUGUGUUUGUGUCCAGGGUAUGUAUAAUGUUAUAAUGAAAUGUUUAGUUUAGUGUUCAUCGAAUGUAAUGGUGUGUUUUUAUUUCACGUUGAAAAUGUAUUUUAUAUGUAAUUUUAUAAUGCAUUUUAGUUUUAUGCAUUGUUAGAAUUGUAUUCAUUGUCCUAAAAGGAGAGCCAGUGUUCAGAAUGUGAAUGUGUUGCAAACGCACCUUCAAAUUAUUUGUACAAAAUAAAAGUGUUUACAUUUUACAGAAA